AGUACAAUCCUACAGUACCUCAUUGUUCGCUGGCGACUCUCAUAGGGCUGUGUAUUCGGAUAAAGAUCCAAAGGUCACUGCAUCAUCCAGUAAAAUUGGAUAUUUAUAUCAAAAAAGGAGCUCAUACAACUGAAGAUGAAAUUAACAAGCAGAUCAACGACAAGGAACGCAUCGCAGCCGCAAUGGAGAAUCCCAAUCUGAGUAAUCUGGUGGAGAACUGCAUAGCCGACGAGGAAUAAGUGGGACAUUAACCGGUUCAGUUAAAACAUAAUGGCGCCCGACGUCGGAUUCUCUAACGUGAGUGACAAAAACGAAUUCACAAAGUUCACCAAGUUCCUAGCGUACAAAGCUGUACAAGUCAUAGUGGAGUCGAGGAAAGGAGUUAAAAUAACGCCGGCUACUAAACAAAAACCCAAUCCGUCAGAUAGCGAUUGGUUUAAUCUCCACAUACCCGAUUCGCCAGAAGUCAAUCAAGCUACUAAAAAUGCUCUACCGUCAAAUAGAAUUUUGGAGACCAUUAGAUCGAGAUUACACGUCGAAAUCUCAGUACAAACUGAAGAUGGAGACGAAUUGGGCUUAGAAGUAUGGACUUUAGAAUUAGACGACUACCAAUUCGACACAACAGUCAAAGCACUCAACACAAUUUAUUUUCGAAUGGGCAUUUUAUUGAAGUCCCUCAUCACUAUAACGAGAAUCACGCCAGCUUAUCAUCUGUCUAGAAAGCAGAAAUCCGAAUCGUUCACUAUAUUUUACAGAGUUUAUAAUGGUGAACCUAAAUAUAAGACUUUAGGUGAAUCAGUCAAGAAAAUUCAGGCAGGUUUGCUCAAAACACCUUUAGGCGGCCUGUCUUUCACUGUAGUUUAUCGAACAAACUUCUCUAUUACUCCAAAUCGGUCAGAAAAGAACAAAACGUUACUCUUGAAGAGUGAUCAUUUCGAAUUGAGUCCAAAACAUGUGAUAUUUGAAUGCAAAAAGAAGAAAGAGCAGAUUGAUAAAGAAAAUAGACCAAUAAAGUCCAUAGAUUUGAAUAAACCGUUGCGUCUAGCCGCUUUUGUAGAUGAGUUGUUAGUAGACAAAACAUUUGGCGAUUUUCUACAGAAGAUGCCGUUGCCAAGGUGCACCAUAAUCGUACCACCAGAUCCGGUGACAGAUAAACCUAACGAAUCGAAAAGCACUCAAGAAUUAGACAUAGCAGUCAUAUCUAAAAGCCCAACAUCCUUAGAGCUGCCCCCAAAGAAAUUCGCUGGGUUUCGUAACGAGAAUGAGCCACCUUUGAAACUCUUACACUUUCCCUUCGCCGACAACCAUCCAAUAAGAGAACUGGCGGAGUUUUACAAAGAUUUCUUCAAUGCCCCACAUUUGAAAUUAGCAGAAGAUUUAGAUAGAUCUAAGUCUAAAAGCUUGGAAUCUGUUAAAGAAGAAGUGGAGGUGGCUAAUGAAGAUUUAUCGAAAGAAAUGGAGUUAUAUGAGAGUUCUGUUUUGGAGUUUGAUGAGUUCUUAGCAGAUAUGUGCAGGUCUGCAGAGUGGAACUAAAAGGGAACAAACAAUUCGAUGGAGAAUGGUUUAAGACUGAACUGUUUUGUAGGGUAAAUUUAGUGACCGGGUAGAUGUGCUUUCAACCAUUGAUUAAUCAUUAAACCAUUGAUUGAAUUUGGAGACAAAAGUAAAGUACUUAAAAACCCUAAUUUGAAGAAUGAUUAAAAACCCUAAAGAAUUUUUAAAAGUACUUAUUAUAUCAUUCUAAAAACCCACCCUAAUGUAUGUAAUUUUUGUUUUGAUUCAAUCAACAGAUAUUACAUAUUGUCCGUUUUCCCUUAUUUUUACAUUUGAUACAAAAAUAAAUUAUUGUAUUUUUAUGAUUUUUAAAAUUGUUUUUGAGAAUAUAUUUUUGUGAUUAAUUUAUGGUUGUAAGCCUGAUGAUGUAUUUCGUGGGCAAAUGGACUGUGAUUUAAGGAAAGAAAUAAAUAUGUUAAUAUUUACCAAAUCAUGGACUGAUACUUGGAUUCUAGAUUUAUGGAUUGAGUACGUCUGACCUGGUCCUAGUGGGUUAAUCCUCCUGUAAAUAAUUAAGAGGUUUCCAUCUCGACCGGAAUUUCGGAUUUAUUGAGUUUGCGUGCAUCACUUUAGACCUUAUCUUGCUUAACUUAAGGCACACAUUAAUAUUGUAUUAAGGAGGACUGACUGACAUAUCAAUGAACAGCCCAAACUUCAGUUUAAAUUUGGAUGUAGGUUCUUUAUGUAGCGUAGAGUGUGCAGUAAUAGAGGAUUUCUAGUAAAAAGGGCGAAAUAAUCUGGUUUUUUUCGCAUACAGAGCCGCAUUCAUACUCCUUUUUAAAUUUGUUCCUAAAAAACAAAAGUAAUUUGAAAUCUGAUUUUGAUCAUACAUUAUGUACCAGGUCAGAUGUCGAAGAUUUUAUUUAUUUCAAGAUUAUAUCUUAGUGUCACUUAUGAUUUUUAAUUUCUUAUCGAUGUAAAUAUUUCAAACUUGCUUUAAUUGUUUUUCUAGAUGCCUGUGUAAUAAUUUUAAUGUUUUAAUAAACUUUAUGGGGUUUAGUUUGUUUUAUAUCUAUUGUUUACAUCACCAAUUUGGUGUUAAUCCCAGCUGCUUUUGCCAUUAAAUGUAAUUUUGGAUAUGAUUAAUUUCAUGUGUUUACAUUAAAGAGUUUUUGAGUUUUAAAGGGGUCAAAAGUGACACUGUGGCGACAUCACUAACGUCACACACCAACUGUCUAUCACGGCGAAGAAUCUGACGCGCUCAGCCAAUAGCAGCGGAGAGUCUAAAUCGCGCAAACAAGAAUUUCACGGAUUGGAGCUUAAAUACAACCUUCUGCCCAACUUUGUAUGUGAUUUGAUCAGCGCCAUCUAGUGGUGACGCGAUGGCACUAAUGCAACUCCAUACAAACUCGCGUUUACUUGCUCGACGAGUUUGACCGAGUAAAACUCGCACUAACCGCUUAGGUGUCACAUAGAUACCUCAUUCUUUAACUCGCUUAUCAGUUCCUUUGCUUAAACACUUGGCUUGAUAUACUGCCGCGUGUUUAGAACAUGUACCAACUACCCGCCAUGAACCUUAAUAAAUAGAACCUAAGCCAUUUUGGAUCAUGUUUGUAAGACUACAAAGUUUAUACCGUAGUCUCUUACGAAAACUACGUAAAAUGGGAGGCAUUCUAGAGCUCUGGGAACAUGGAAAUUAAUUCAAUGACUAAAAAUCUGUACCACUCAAUUUUUUAAAAAUGUGUAAAAAUCUAAAUUGUCUAUGAAAAAUUGUAGUUAAUGUUUAAUCUAUUUGAAUUAAAGUCUGUUCAAGUUUAAAGAAAAUCUAUUUGGCGUUUUGGGUUUUCUGAGGAAGGUUUAUAUCUAUAAAUACUAGCCGUGAGUAGCCGGGGCGGGUCGCUAGUAAAAAACAAAGAUAUAAAAUUUUUGAGAGUACUUUGCCAAAGUAAAUGAAAUUAUGUUAAGUAUAUUAUGAAGUUUUCAUUUCCGUGGCAAUGUGAAUAUUUGAUUUAGUUGUAUAAUAAUUUUAUCGUAAUAUUUUGUAAAUGGUACAAAUAAAUAAUUAUUGGUUCAUUA